GAUUGGAUUGGUUUAUUGGUUAUGAUCGUUGGAUCCAGCAAAUUAGCCUCGGUUACAGUUACAGUUACCGUGUUCAGCUAAACGUAUAUAUGAAUGAAUAUGUUUACAUAACACGGAAAUAAUAAAUUCAUAAAAUUUCUGGAGAUUAUCUCGCAGUUUGGAAUUCUAUUCGCCGAUAUAAAACGACAAGAAAUGUUCCUAUCAAAGCUACCACUUCUUCUCAGAAAUACUACUUUUGCUGCCAUACAACAUGAAUCAGGAUAUCCUGAUGUUCUCGUGCGUAAAUAUCUACGAAGUGAUAUAUCCUCCAUGAAACUUUUCAUGUCAACACAGCAACAGGAUGAACAGCAACAGGAUUCAUUGAAAGAACAGGUCUCUCUUUCGAUAAACACGGGCACACCAGAUAAAUUGUAUAAAAAAGUUGAAGUUGAAGUCAGGGGAAAUGAUCCAGCGGUAUUAAAGAGCUAUGGAGAAUUUGCAACGAUGGCUGCAAAUCAUUUGAAAAUCAACAUAGGUAGAAAUACAGCACCAUAUAAAGCUAUCCACGAACGCUGGACAGUAUUAAAAUCUGCUCAUGUUCAUAAAAAGCACCGGGUUCAGUAUGAAAUUAGGACUUACUAUCGCUAUCUAGACUUUUUAAAAUUGACUGGAUCGACAGCAGAUACUUUUCUAGAAUAUCUUCAAAGAAAUUUGCCAGAAGGAGUGGCUAUGAAAGUGACUAAGGUUGAGAUGGAGAAGUUGCCUGAGAGUAUAGCUGCAAUGGGUAAUACAUAAUUAUAUAAUAUGUAACUAUGAAUAAUUGUUGAUAUGAGGAUUGUAGAUAGUUUCAAUAUAAACUACAAAAAAUACA